AUGAAUCUGUAUUUGGAUGGGUUGUGUUGCGGCGGUUCAUCUGUGCACGAUAAGACAUUGAAUAUUAGCUGCAAUGUUUCUACUACGGAAGGCUUAGAAGAACUGGCUCGAUUUUGGACCUGCGAAGAUAUGGGAUCAACCAAGAACAAUUCACCGGAAGAAGCACGCUGUGAAGAGCGUUCGAUUCAGCGUGGGGAAAGCGGCCGCUACACUGUAUCAUUGCCAAAGGAUGAGGACAAACUAAAACAAUUGGGCGAUUCUAAGGGGAUCGCAUUCCGACGUCUCCAAGGUACGGAUCGAAGAUUGGAAAGGGAUGCUGCAUUACGGGAGCAGUACAAGGCCUUCAUGACCGAAUAUGUGCGAUUGGGUCAUAUGCGGAGAGUCAAUGCUACCAUUCGCAAUACGGAUAAAUGGUGUUAUUUAUCACAUCAUCCGGUGGUUAAAGAGGCAAGUACCGCCACCAAGGUUAGGGUAGUAUUCGACGCCUCCUGCAAAACGGCCUCAGGAGUGUCGUUGAACGAUGCAUUGCUGGUAGGGCCAGUAAUACAAGAGGACUUGAGGUCGAUUAUUCUCCGUUGCCGAACAAGGCAGAUAAUGCUGGUUGCUGAUGUCGAGAAAAUUUUUCGUCAAAUUAAUGUGAACUCCGACGAACGACAUCUUCAAUCGAUUCUAUGGCGCUCAUCACCAAGGGAUGAGGCAGUUACCUAUGAGCUGAACACCGUUACUUACGGAACCAAGCCUGCUCCAUUUUUGGCCACAAGGACACUGAAACAGCUAGCGAUGGAUGAGGAGCAACGAUAUCCGCUCGCUGCCAAGGCAAUUACGGAAGACACAUACAUGGAUGAUGUACUCACGGGUUCUGAUGAUGCAGCGGAGACGAUGAGGAUGCAAUUGGACAAGCUGAUGGUUAUUGGGGGAUUCCAGCUCAGGAAGUGGGCAUCCAAUUGUGUCGAGGUUUUACGUGGAAUUCCCGAGGAAAAUCUGGCGAUCAGGGGUUCAGAAAUCGAAUUAGAUCCAAACCCAUCGAUUAAGACACUAGGAUUAGUGUGGCAGCCUAAAACAGACGUGUUCAAAUUUCAAUUCAGCAUACCUUCGAUUGAUGAUAAUCUGCUUAUUACCAGGAGGCAACUUUUGUCGAUCAUUGCGACUCUGUUUGAUCCUCUGGGUCUGGUAGACGCGACCAUUGCAAUGGCCAAGCUUUUCAUGCAGCAAUCUUGGACGUUGCGUGACGAACACGAUCAGAGAUUUGGCUAG